AUGGUGUCAACACCGCCAGUCUCUCCUCGAAUGCUUGCAUUCAUAUGGGGCCCAAUAAAAUUCCUGCUUCUAACUGCUACUACCUGGCUUGAGUCUUUUGAUGCGCUCCUCGAUGCAUACCAGCUUAUUGCGGAGAGCUUGCCUAUAUUCGAAAUCUACCAGGAUCUGUUUAGCGAGAGCAGUCGAAUGCAAGGAAUACUUGAAUGCAUUUGGACCAAUAUUCUUGAUUUUCACAUCCGCGCUAUACGCAUCUUUGACCAGUCCAUGAUAAAACUCUUUUUUAGAUCCCUUUGGAAGGAUUUCAACAGCCGGUUUCAACAUAUCAUUAGCGACCUCCAGCGCCUGAAAGCUCUCAUAGAAAGCCAUGCAAAUCAAAUCCAUAUCUGGAACUACGAGUCAGACCGGGUUAAGAUCCGAGAAGAAUUCGAGCAGACCCGGGCUUCUCAGAGUGGAGUUUAUCCACAUUACAGCGUCUCUACUGAUCAUUUUCUUGCCAUGCUUUCUACGUCAAAAACAAGUACACGGGAAUGGUUUGCUGAAAGUACGGAGACCUCGAAUGCACUGACAAUAUUUGCCGACCGUUUCCACGCCGAUCUAGCUGCGUCGUCGACAGUUUCAAAGACACCCCCAGACUAUUCCCUAUUUUCAUCUCUUGGUUACUUUCCAGCUAUGACUAUGAUCUGGAAGCAUGCGGAGCCUCGGAGGCUACUGAUAGACAAUAGAAGAGACGACAUUAGUCUAGUAUCACUAGGGAAGAGUAUAGGAAGAAAUCGACAUGUCUUUGAAGAGUAUGUAGAGUCAAUUACGGAUGACAGGGCUGAGAUGACGGCUCUCGAAAAGUCCUACGGUCCCAAUUGGUUCAAAUGUAGGAAAGUAUCAUGCUACUACUUCCAUGAAGGGUUCAAUUCUCGGGCGUCAAGACAGCAGCAUUACGACCGCCAUGAGCGGCCGUUUAAGUGUGACGAAGAGAACUGCCCGGCGGCGUGGAUCGGGUUUGGUUCCCUUAAAGAAUUAGAGAAGCAUAAGAGGAAUGUGCAUCCCGGUAUCGAUAAACUCUCUUCAACAUUUGCCAAGUUCAAGCGAGGUAGUAAAGGACAGGCCGUGCUAUUAAACUAUCUUUGUCCACGCUGUCCGCUCAAAUUUGCUACGCGGCUCGAGUGUCGAAGCUAUAUGACGUUGUAUAACCCUAAAAUUCACCCUAAGGACAUAUUAUUAUAUUAA